UUUUCAAUGUGUUUUCUCACCAACCUGUCCCCAAAGAACUCCCCAACUCCUUCCUUUAAAUAGUAUUUCUCCUUCCAUCCUUCCCCCACUUCCCACUUCCUCAUUCUUUCCAUUUUCUAAAACACACGUGCCGUCACCUCCAACAAUGUCGAGCGGAAGAUCUAGGGUUCCAAAGAAGAUCACUGAGGAAGAGAUCAAUGAUCUCAUCUCCAGAUUACAAGCUCUGGUCCCAGAACGACGUACCGAGAGCUUAAGCAGGGCCUCGGCAUCUGUGGUUCUAAAAGAGACAUGUAACUACAUCCGGAGGUUGCACAGAGAGCUUGAUAGCUUGAACGAACAGCUAGCUCACCUACUGGAGAAUAUGGACAGUAGUGGCGCUGAAGCAGAGAUAAUCAAGAAUCUGUUAAUGUAAUUAAUCCACUUCUUAUUUCUGUAUUAUCUUUUGUCUAUGUUUGUUACAAUUACAUGGAAAAUAUAAGU